GGAUGGGUGGGAGACCACACUACCAAGACGAUGACAGUCUUCUCUGACCUCCCCCUGGGGCUCAUCCCCCCAUUCUAAAGAUGAGAAAGUUCGGAUCUCCAGGAGGUGAGAAGGCUUGCUUGUGGCCUGGAGUAGAGGGUCCUGGAGCCCCAGACUCCCACACCAGGUGACAAGUGCUGGCAUGCCCAACCCCUGAGUCCCCUAAACCACCAGUGUCCACACUCACUGUAGCUCCCCCAGCAGAAAGGCCAGGGCCUGGGCCUCACAGCGAUGGGCGACAGGCGCACAUGGGAAAUGUGGGGGCCAGGCUUAUGCCCUGGGUGGAUGAGCAGUUAGGUGGGCCCUGCUGGGCUGGGGUGGGGUUGGGUCAGCUCAGCUCUGACUCCGGAAAUGCCCUCCAGCUAACAUCCCUUCGGAGCCAGGGCAGGCAGAACACACAAGAACCAGCUGCUGCUGGGGGAAGAAGGUAUGCCAAAUGCCAGGCCCUGUCCCCCACGGGACUCGUGGAUGGACAUGGUGUGGCCACCAUGCAACACGUGCCACUAGCCAGCUUGGUUUUUUCCCGGCCCACAGACCAUCUGUGGACCAUGGGAGCCUGGCACUGCAAGCAUGGCUAAUGCACAGGUUCCUCUCUCUGCAGGAGUCUGCAACAGGGCCCCUGACUUCCUCUCCCCAUCUGGACACCAGGCGCUGGGGUCUGCCCUAGGCAGUGUGGUCACUCUGAACUGCACCGCCUCGGUGGUCUCUGGGCCCCACUGCCCCCUGCCCUCAGUCCAGUGGCUGAAAGAUGGGCUGCUGCUGGGCAGUGGAAGACACCAUGCCCUCCACGAGGACUCCUGGGUCAAGGCCAACUUGUCAGAGGUGCUUGUGUCCAGUGUCCUGGGGGUCAACCUGACCAGUGCGGAGGACUUUGGGACCUUCACCUGCUCCAUCCAGAACGUCAGCUCCUCCUCCUUUACUCUUUGGAGAGCUGGCCCAGCUGGACAUGUGGCUGCGGUGCUGGCUUCACUCCUAGUCCUGCUGGUCCUGCUCCUGACAGCGCUGCUGUAUGUGAAGUGUCGACUCAAUGUAUUGCUCUGGUACCAAGACACGUACGGGGAGGUGGAGAUGAACGAUGGGAAGCUCUACGACGCCUACGUCUCCUACAGCGACAGCCCCGAGGACCGGAAGUUCGUGAACUUCAUCCUGAAGCCGCAGCUGGAGCGGCGUCGGGGUUACAAGCUCUUCCUGGAUGAUCGCGACCUCCUGCCGCGCGCGGGUACCGAGUUGCCCCACCCUGGCCGCCAGAUGCCUUCCUCCAAUUUUUGGAAAGAGCUACAGCUGGCACUGCCGCGGAAGGUGCAGUACAGAGCGAUGGAGGGAGACCCCCAGACCCGGCUGCAGGAUGACAAAGACCCCAUGCUGAUUGUGGGAAGCCGGGUCCCGGAAGGUCGGAGCCUGGACCCAGAGCUGGACCCUGACCCUGAGGGGGACCUGGGUGUACGAGGGCCUGUCUUUGGGGAGCCAUCAGCUCCACCGCACGCAAGUGGGGUCUCACUUGGAGAAGGCCGCGGCAGUGAGGUGGAUAUCUCGGAUCUCGGCUCCCGAAACUACAGUGCCCGCACGGACUUCUACUGUCUGGUGUCAGAGGAAGACGUGUAGUCCGGGCUGGAGCAGCAGGACCACCAGGGACAGCUAGGGGCAGGGCAGGGUGGCUUUUUCCCCUAGUUCAGCAGGACCACGAGCCCCAUCUACCUGUGGCCCUGGGACCUCGGGGAAAGGGAGUAGCUCCAGUCUUGUGCCACAAAUAAAGUCCUUUUGAAUCUUA